AUGUCCGACCCGAGGAAUGAGAAGACCAACGCUACAGAGGGUGCAGUAGUGGAAACCAUUGGCGCCCCUAUGGCAACAAAUUCCGUAAACACUAGUACGAGCGCCGGUGCAGCUGGCAUUGCGAAUUCCGUUCCUACUAGGAGCCCACAAGCACGUCCUACGAACAGCGAAGGUGAUAUUCCGUCAGCUGAACAACACAGCUGUUGUACAUGUAAAUCUGUUCAUAAUAGCCGCAUGGUCCAGUGCGACGAUUGCGAUGAUUGGCACCACUUCGCCUGCGUUGGAGUUACCCAGAUGAUCGAACAUGACGAUUGGAUCUGUCUGAAAUGCACAACUGCGAAGACAGUUCGAACUAACGAUCGAGCUCGAAGAGGAAUCCAGCAGCGUAUAAGGUCAAAAUCAGCAAGUCACGGGCGGCAAAUUUGA